UCGGGGUUGUGAUGUGUUGUUCCACCGAGAGGGAGAGAAACUGAGUUGGACAGAGGGGAGGGAGUGUGUGUGAGCGAGCGAGCACCAGCGCCAGACAGUCAGCUUGAGCUGCUACCCGGGAGAGGCGAUGAUGGCGGCGGCUGUGGAAAGAGGAGGGGUUCGGGCCGCCUUCCUGAACCCAGGCAGCGGCGGCGGUGGCGGUGGACCAGCUCCGGCAACGGUCCCGGCUGCACCGGGAGCUGGAGCUGGAGUCGCUGGCUUAGGUUCGGGAGGCUCUGGUCCGAUGCCUGUCCCUAUGAACCUUUUUGCAACCUGGGAAAUAGACCGCUCCUCUCCAAGCUGUGUUCCAAGGUUGUGCAGCCUCACUCUGAAGAAGCUGAUCGUCCUGAAGGAGCUGGAUAAAGACCUCAACUCCGUCGUGAUCGCUGUUAAAAUUCAGGGCUCCAAGCGUAUCCUGAGAUCAAACGAGUACCUCCUCCCACCCGGUGGCUUAAUGGAGACGGACCUGGAGCUCACCUUCUCCUUACAGUAUCCGCACUUCCUCAAGAGGGACGCCAACCGGCUGCAGAUCAUGCUCCAGAGGAGGAAGCGUUACAAGAACCGCACCAUCCUGGGCUACAAGACGCUGGCGGUGGGGGUCAUCAACAUGGCUGAGGUGAUGCAGCACCCGACAGACGGAGGCCAGAUCCUCGGUCUCCAUAGCAACGUGAAGGAGGCCCCGGUCCGUGCGGCAGAGAUCAGCGUGCACUCGCUGUCUAGCCAGCCUAUCGACCAUGAGGACAGCAGUGUGCAGCCUGAGCCCAAGACCAAAGCUUCAGACCGCUCUCCAGACAUCGAUAACUACUCUGAGGACGAUGAUGACAGCUAUUCCUCAGAGCAGGAGGCCAGCGAUGACGCCGUUCAUGGCCAGGACCUAUACGACGAAGAUGACGAGGUCAGAAAGCCAAAGAAAUCCCGGAGAAAAAUGAUCAGGACCACGUCCAUGACGAGGCAACCCAACUUUAAGCAGAAGUUUGUGGCCUUAUUGAAGAGGUUCAAAGUGACAGACGAGGUCCUGGACUCAGACCCGGUGGACCAGACCCAAGAGGUGGAGGAGGAUCUGGACCUGCUGUAUGACAGCCUGGAGGUGUACAACCAGAGUGACAGUGGGCCAGAGAUGGAGGACAAUGAGAGUGUCCUCAGCACCCCCAAACCCAAACUCAGACCGUUCUUCGAAGGGAUGUCCCACUCCAGUUCGCAGACGGAGAUCGGGAGCCUGCACAGUCAGAAGAGCCAGCCCAGGGACCCCGCCUCAGCUGGCACUGACUUCCUGUCCGCAGAGAAGAGCAAAGUGUCUGGGGCCAGAUAUCAGGAUGAAGCUGUUAUGGAGGCCACACCAGGGGAUGCGGAGGAGGAGGACGCGAGGACGGGGGCGGGGGACGCUGGUGGCGGCUGGGAAGCCAGCGCAGAGAAGCCGGCCAGCUCCGCCGGGAAACUCUGCAAGACGGAGUCCCAGAACCACAUGUCACCAAGCAAAGCAGAGAACAAGCUGCAGCGGCGGCCGCGCAGCACGUCCAUGAAGGACCGGCAGAACUCCAAGGCCCAGAGCGACCGCACCAGCAGCAUGGACAGCGAGAGCUCGCCGGACUCCCGGCUCACGGCACAGGUGCCCAGGAAAUCAGUGUAUGACCAGCUGAACCAGAUCCUGAUUUCGGAUGAGCAGCUGCCUGAGAGCAUCAUUCUCAUUAACACCACGGACUGGCAGGGCCAGUACCUAGCCGAGAUCCUCCACCAGCACGACCAGCCCAUCGUGUCCACAUGCUCUGCCGCUGACGUGCAGGCCGCCUUCAACACCAUCGUCACCCGGAUACAGAGAUUCUGCAACUGCAACGCACAGACACCCCCCACAAUCAAAGUGGCAGUGGCGGGCGACCAGAGCUACCUCAGCACCGUCCUGAGGUUCUUCGUGGAGCAGCUGGCCAACAAGACGCCUGACUGGCUCAGCUACAUCCGCUUCCUGGUCAUCCCUGUCGGCUCUCAUCCUCUGGCGAAGUACAUGGCGUCCUUCGACAGCAAGUUCAACAACAUCUUCAUGGAUACGGCCUGGAGGGAGGUGUUCGGGAGGACGGAGCCCCCCACCUCGGACAACAUCGACGUGGUGGGCCGAGUCACACAAUACCUGGCUGGGGCCAGCGUGUCCCACCAGUUCCCCAUCUCAGAGGCCAUGCUCACCUACAAGCAAAAGAGGAAGAGAAGUUUGUAUUUUGAUUUUUACAUCAGCCCCGACGAGGACUCCUGUCAGAAGUUUGUGCCCUUCAUCGGGGUCGUAAAAGUGGGCAUUGUGGAGCACAACCUCUCCACCUCAGUGGACUCUGACGACGCCAUGGUCGGGGGCGUCAGCAUCCUGGCUUCCCCGCCCCCGCAGACGGGCGCGGCCUACGGAAAGGACAUGACAUGCACCCCUCCCCCGUCCCCCUCGGUCUCCACAGCACUCUCCGGAGCUGGCUCUCCGGGCUCAGGCGGUGAGGUGAUGGGGCUGCAGGUAGACUACUGGACGUGGCAGGGCCCGGAGAAGAAGAAGGAGGGCGAGAGGCGGGACGUGGGCAUCAAGAACACCCUGAAGAGCAACUUCCGCUCCCUGCAGGUCAGCCGCAUCCCCAGCGGGGGCGAGCUCACGCCCCCGCCCUGCAUGUCCAUGACGGUGGUCACCAAGGAAAAGAACAAGAAAGUGAUAUUUCUCAGCAAGAAGCCCAAGGAGAAAGAGCUGGACUCAAAAAGCCAGGUGAUCGAUGGGAUCAGCAGGUUGAUCUGCACUGCCAAACACCAGCACACCAUGCUGAGAGUCUCCAUCGAUGGCGUCGAGUGGAACGACGUCAAGUUUUUCCAGCUAGCCGCCCAGUGGCCGACCCACGUCAAGCACUUCCCCGUGGGCAUCUUCGGCUACACCAAGCCAAUGUGACAUCAUCCUCCGCCGCAACCAGACUUUUCCCCAGCGCUUGUCUCUUGGAAAGAGGAGGACGGGAGAGAAGCUGACUGAGCGAAACAGUAAUCGUUUUCCUGUGGAAACUUUAGAAACUUAAACCGAUGUUUUUAGUACACAUUUUUUCCGUUGUUGUUUUUAUGUUUUGGGUUUUUUUUACACCAGCAAAAGGAACAAUUCAUCUUUUGUAAGAAUUGCG